AUGUCGAUGCAGCGACUCUCAACGCGAGCAUUUGGCCUGGGCCGGCCAGCGCUUAUGUCCAGAAUACCGGCGCAGCGAAAUUUCCCCGUACGGCGGUCCAGCACAGGGCCUGCGACAAUUGUCGAUACUGGGUUCUGGACGUCCUUGAUCCCCAAGCCCUUGCGGAGAGAAAGCCGCAAAGGCACCAAGGCGAAGAAAUCGAAGGAAUGGAACCCGGCAACCUUUUUUAUCGUCAUGUUUCUCUUUAUUGGGUCCAUGUCGAUCCAGAUGAUCGCACUGCGAAACCAGUCCGAGCGAUAUAAUCGACAAUCAACCGUCAGAAUAAGUCAGCUGCGGGAGGCCAUGAGGAGACUCCAGAAUGGGGAAGACGUCAAUGUGGACAAGCUAUUGGGGAACGCCGACGAAUCCCAAAGAGAUGUUGACUGGGAAGAGAUGCUGAAAGCAAUUGAGCGUGACGAGAAGUCACAAGCGGAUCAAGAAGCAAAGGAGCCGUCACAAGAGGAGGUUCCAGUGAAGACCAUAACAUCGAAAGCCCCAGUAACGGAGACGAAAGCGACCAGCGAGCGGGUGAAUGCCGAGAUGGAACCAACGAACCCGAAAUCUGCUCGCCUCGGGAAUUUCUUCUAA